AUGCCUCCCCGGACCACCUUCUCGCGAGCCUGCGAUGAAAUCACGACACUGUUUCUCAAUCUAGGUGUACCACACAGGUUUCCUAGCCCAAGAUCUGCGAGCGAGACCCAAGGUCGACUCAAGCAGGCCUUGCGCUGUAUGCCCUUGGAAAGCCUGGAUGUGAACCCCUUCUCAAUCGAUAACCUAGCGGAGACGCUCGAAUCACGCAAUGACUCGAAGGUCGCCCUGUUCUGGAUCCCCAUUCAGGUACUCGACAAGCUGGGUGACCCGAUCAUCCUCGAAGGAGACAACGCAGCCGCGCUGCGACAGUGCGCGGUCGAUUGCAUCCUGCCUAGAUGCACCCUAAUCAUCGACUGGCUGGACUUCCUCGCACCGCCAAAUGCAUAUGUUUGCUGUAGCGCGGAUAACAUGCACCUCCUUGUCUCGAAGCUGCUCGCUGUCCUUCACAGACUCGAGGAUAGCCUUGCACUCAGCGCUACACUGUCUAUGCGGAUGCACGCAUUGGCCUUUAAGCUAUGGUUCGGUGCGCCGACAGUCGGUUCGGGUCUAUCGCCCAAGGACCUGGCUUUAUACCAUGAGUUCGUACUGAAAAGCCUUGCCCCUAUGUUGGACAUGACAAAGCUACAACGCUCUGGUGUUCCGAGCAACAUCACCAAAUGGAGGGACACCAUCGCGGAGGCUGCUCUUGUCGUUGCCAAGCGCCCCCGUGCAUUCUUUCGUCUUGCUGUUCGACGCAUCGAAGAGCUCUUCAUCCUGCCCCACAACCUAAGCUGCUUUGCAUAUUCUUACCUGUACUUCCUGAACUACUGCGCUGGCGACUACCUUGCUAUACCGAAUCACGCGAACGAUGUCGUCCUGUCUCUCGUCCAGUUCGCCCGUGUAUUCGGUGAACUUAAGUUCGGUCACCAGGGUGCCUGCGAGGCGUGCGGAGUCCUGUACCAGAUCUGGAACACAGAGAAGGACGUCGGCAGCCGCGCGCUGUGCUGGGCGCUUCGCGCUGGCAUCCUGCCGAUCAUGCUAUCCCUACACCGCAAGGAAGGACACGGUCACUUGACGGACGGGCUCAACUUCAUCGCCGAACGUUCAAUCAGCGUACCCGUCGCUCGCGCGCUCAGACUGGGUGGCCCUGGGAUAUCCUGCAGAGCUGCGGGCAUACCAAAGCAUCUGGCAACUGCUAUGACAGAAUGCCUCAUCGACAGGCCGAAGUGGCAGCUGGAGUAUUGGCACCAGCCCUGCGGCUAUGAGAAGUGUUCUGCUGGGGGAGACACUGUGCACCCUUCGCGUCGUCUAUACCAUUGCUCGUGUUUGAGGAAUUACUGUUCCGCCGAAUGCCAACGAGCGCACUGGCCGGAGCACAAGAAGAAGCACACUCCCAAUAGGUUGUCGGGCCCUCAGGAGACGAUAUUGCAGGGCGAACUCCCUUCCUCCGAUGCCUUGUUUGUCUCCAUCUGCGCUGAUAAAUAUGUCUGCAAGAGCGCUCCUCGGCUCGUAUCGGAGGCCCUUCGACUUUUCGUGCCGAAGAUUUGGACGCGCCCGCCUCUUUACACGGUUGACAUCGACUUUGCGAGGGUGCCUAUGGGACACAAGGUAGUCGUCUCUCAGGGCGAGCCACAUCAGACGGAGCCGAUGGUCCGCGUCCGGGCUUCGGUCAACUCGUCAGUAGGCAAAUGGCACGUAGCAAUCGUCGACGUUUGCACCCAGUCACUGUCGUCUCUUCAGGACUCGUAUAGCUCGGUCGCAGCGACGUAG